UUAGCCCAUGUAAACGAAAGUGGGACCAUAAAGAAAUGAAACUUUUCGGGCGGGUCAAUCUUUAGUUGGAUCCGACCCGAUAAGGAAUUCCUAGGAGAAUAAAACGCGGUCUGUAGUUGCAUCUUCUACACGCCGAGUUGGAUCCGACCCGAGCAGGAUUCUUAGAAGAAAUAAAAGGCGGUCGGAAUUGCGUCUUGUACCCGCUGCGUAACGAGCCACCGCCAAAAGCACCCCAAAUUGAGAAUGAACAAAACGUUCAAGUUUCCCGCUAGAGCCAAGACCGCAAUUUACCUACUAACGGCUACUGGCCUCACUUUUCAAGCUGCUAACGCCUCAAAUCUCCUCUCAUCUUCCCAAGAUUCUCCCCUCUUUUCCCCUCAUUUUCCCGAGAAAGUUAGGACUGGUUUCGAUUGCGUCAUUCGCUCCUCUCGCGCGAUCUCCACUUUUGGUUGCACUGUUGCUGAUUACAAAUUUUCUUUACGUGGAAUUCCUGAGGAUUCUCACGAGUAUCAUCGCAAAUUAUCUGAGGUUCAUCUACGUUCCGCCAAAAGAAUACUAAAGUUAUGUGAUGCCAACAAAGGUUUCUACGUGAAAGCUGGACAGUUUGUGGCUGCCUUGAGGCAGGUCCCACGAGAAUACUCCUCUACUCUUUCGUCCUUACAAGACAAGGCAGCUCCUUGUCGUUUCAAAGUUAUAAAAGAAGUGUUGAUCAACAAUUUGGGGCAGAAUUUGUCCAAGAUAUUUUUGUUUCUUGAUGAAGAACCAAUAGCAGCUGCUUCUAUUGCUCAAGUACAUCAUGCAGUCUUGAAAGAUCAUCAAGAAGUAGCUAUCAAGGUGCAGUACCCUGGCUUGGAGCAGAAGAUGAAAUUAGAUACAACUAUCAUGUCUUUCCUUUCUAAAUGGGUUGCAUGGUUGUUUCCUGAAUAUAGGUUCGGAUGGCUGGUAUCAGAAUUUGUAAUGGCAAUUUCUUUGGAACUUGAUUUCAUUCAGGAGGCUAAAAAUUCAGAGACAAUGGCUAAAAACUUUGCGAAAAACAAAAUGGUCAGGGUUCCUAGUGUAUUUUGGGAUUUAACAACAAGUCAUGUAUUAACGAUGCAGUUUUGUUCGGGACACAAGGUUGAUGAUGUAGAGUUUAUGAAGAAAAUGGGAAUAAAUCCGGUUAAGGUUGCCAAAGUGUUGGCAGAAGUGUUUGCUGAAAUGAUAUUUCUUCAUGGCUUCCUGCAUGGAGAUCCACAUCCUGGUAAUCUACUAGUUUCCCCAGAAGGUCAAAAUGGCUUUAUUUUAGUUCUUUUAGACUAUGGAAUCUGCAAAAAGUUGGACGAAAGAUUUAGACUGGACUAUUGCGAGCUCUGGAAGGCUCUAAUUCUAUUAGACUCCGAUAAAAUAAAGAAUCUCGGCGAAACAUUUGGUGUUGGGAAGUACUCAAGAUUCUUUCCCCUUAUUUUUACAGGAAGAACUAUUGACAGUAAAUCAGCACUGGGAAAGGGGAUGUCAACUGAAGAGAAAAAUAAACUGAAGCAGGAGUUGAAGUUAUUAAAGAUGGAGGACAUAUCCUCAUUCAUGGAGUCUCUGCCGCCUGACUUCCUCACGAUAUUGCGUACAGAUGGACUACUAAGGUCUGUUAUUAGCAAGUUGGGUGCUUCACAGCAGGUGAGGCUGCUAGCCUAUGCCAAAUAUGCCUUAUAUGGUCUCUCUCCAAAGUCAGAUCAUAAAUCUGUGAAAGCAGUUCUCUCCAGAUUGAAAAUAACUGUUAGUUACCUUCAAUUAAGACUUGUUCUUGCAUAUUGUGUUCCAGGUGUGUUAGAGCUAUUGCAUAGGAUGCGGAAGUUCAAACAAUCUCUAUAUGCCUUAUAUGAAAGAAUAAAAUGCAAUAUCAGGUGCCUUGUGACCCUUUAUUGAGUUAUCAAUACUUCGGCUUGGAUGCUCUAUACUAGUUUGUUUAUCAGCAAAUUCUCGCUGGGAGGACGGCUCACUAUUGUUUCUACCACUGUUGUGGAUGCAGGAGCAGUUAGUAUUUUAUUCAGCAAUUAGAAGGAAAGGUGAGCAAUAUAUCUUAUAUUUAAUAUGCUGUAUCAGCACAUGUGAUUAAUUUUAAUCAAGUUAUAUUGAUGAAUA